AUGCCGCUUUCGAAUUAACGGGUUGUGGAAUUCGGAACAUCACUUUCAUAUCUUGUUUCUCUUGAUAAUUUGACAUGUGAACUCUAAAUAAACAUAAUAAGACACAAAUGCUAAGUUGGUCGGAAUGAAUACACACAUACAUACUACACAAAAUUGUUUCAAAUCCGUAAUGAUAGAUAACUCGAAAUCUAGGAAGUCAGAGUCUUCCAUUAAAAAACGUGAAAGUCAAUGGCAAAAUGAGGUGAUCAAGGGGAAAACCUCACUGCCUGACAUCAUUGCACUAUCCUAUGGAGAUCGUUUCAUUCCACGGCGUUAUUUUUCACAGAGGCUCAAAACGAACCUUAAAUUUGCCACCAAAAUCAUGGAAAAAGAUGUCCUCACAUUGCGCUUCACAGCCAAUUACUGGAGACAAAGCUGCGUGAAGAUUGCAAUAAAUAGAACAUUACAGUUAAAAGAGGAAAGAAUCUUGUUGCUGAGCGACCCGGUGGUGAAAGGUUUAGAAAAUAACAUAAAUGUUUUCGACACACUUCACGCUUAUUCUGAUGAAUACGAUUGGCGUUGUUCUCCGCGUUCGAAACCACAGGCUUUCGCUGAAACCACACACGAUUCACCGGGAUUCGAUUCGACUUUCGAUCCAAACAUGGUGGACUGGUCAGCGGAUGGACAAAUUGUUGCUUCUUUUGGGCAAGAUUUAAUCAUUUGGAAACGGACCGAUGAUGUUACUAUGUUAUUUAAUGUUAAAAGCAUAAAAUCCUUAGCUUUUUCGCCGGAUGGUAAAAUUCUGGCAAUCGGCUGCAAAAUCAAUGAUUACCCAGUUUUAGAGUUGUGGAAGGUCGUAAAUUCAACGAAGUCUUUGGUUAUAAAUGGAAAAGUUUUCUCUCCGGACCAUUCAGAACUGCAAAGUAUGAUCUGGAACCCCUCAGGCACUCAAAUUAUAUGUGGCACCGGAUCGGGGUUUUUAUAUGUUCUUUCUACGCCGGAUUUGAAGGUAAUCAGAAAGGUGCGCCGCCAUAAGAUGCCUAUAACCAGAAUUAAAUUAUCACCGAAUAUGCGAUACCUUGCCAGUGCAGAUAUAAGUGGAGACAUUGUGGUUUACAAUUGGAGUUCAUGUAAUGUCUAUCUUGUGGUUUGUUCAAAGCGGAAACGACACACAGAUUUCGAUUGGCAUCCUUGGAAUGGUGAAGAUUUAAUUAUAGCUGAAACGGUACCGGCCUCAAUAGUCGUACUUCACGUUCCAAGUAAAGAGAUCGUUGCAUACUAUCAAAGAAUGGAUCGAAGAAUUGUUAUAAACUACAUUACCUUUAGUAAAAUUACAGCCGAAUUGCUUGUGAGUGUUUCAAUGAGAGGUAACGAUGGCUGCUGGGAAUUCAAAAUACUUGUUAUGGCUUCCCUGAACCGAGUUGUUGAUUUAUUGAACAUUCCUGAGAGUGGAGCAAGAUUCGUGGUGUGGAGUCCGGAUGGCACCAGAUUGGCAACAUCUGGUAACGAUGAAACUUUAACAAUUUGGAAUUUUUGCCCUGAUAAUAGAACAGAGCGCAAUGCUUUUGGAACAUUGAGACAAAAAAAUUCUUGCAAAUUAAGUUCUAGAUUUGGUAAUGUUUUUAAUUCAUGGGAUUGUAUUAAGUAAUUUGUGCUAUGUCUCGCGUUAUUUGUACAUUGUUUGUAACUUAUUUAUGUUUUCCCAAAAUAAAAUCUUAGAAGUUAGGUCAAAACGAGCUUAGACUUCAUAUAACACCUUGAAGUUAUUGGAGUGUGGAAAGUCUAUGUCAUGUGAAAACUUUUCUUUAGUAACUUAAAUUUAGCGCAUUUCUUUAAUAAAAAGUCCGAAGUUUAUUUCAUUAUCUAGUAAAACUUAUAGGUUAACUUUUUCUUGGAUAUUUUUUUUAUUUUAAACAUAGUACUGUUAUUAAUUGAUCUAAGGUAAAUUCAGUAUUUUUUCUUUUUUAUUCACAUCUUUUGGAGCUUCAUAGAAGAAAGUCUAGGAAAAAUGUUAUUAUUUUAUUUAUUUAAACACAUGCUCAACCUCAAUAGGUAGGUCUGUUAUUUUUUUUCUAACUUAUUGUGGAUCGCAAAUAUGUUAUCAUUCGGUUUGACAUUAUUAAAAUAUUAAAAAUAUCGAUUGGACUAUUAAAUGUACAUAUUUCCUUCAUGUCGGAAACUACAGGAAACAGUAAAUGAUUACUGUUCAGGGUGAACGGUUUUUAAAUAUGUGCAAGAUGGAAAUA